UCUAAUUCUGAAAAUCCGAAAAUAUUAAAAAGAAUUAUUUAUUUAUUAAUAAGUUUGUGUUUGACUUUCGUUUCCGAUUUCAGCUUCAACUUCAGCUUCCUUUGUUGAAUCAUCAAAUCAAAUCAAAUAUGUAUAUAAAAUCCUCACUAUUCUUUUCUUUAUCUUUCCUUUUUAAGAUUUCUUCAAUCUCUUAAUUAUUUCUAGUGGGUUUCAAAACUGUAAAUAAACUCGCAAAAUGUCACCGGUUUCGAACCUAACACCUGCACUUCUCAUCCUCUAUCCAUCGUUUUGUAUUCUGAAUCCUCUGUUAACGAUGGCAUUCUUUCCUUGACGAUACUUGCUUCUGUUUUUGAAGCAUUGGUUAUCAGUUUAAUUACUGAACAGCUAGGUAGCAGCUUCUUUUUUUCUUGUUUUGCCCUUUCAGGUAAUUUCCUUAAUUUUUGUUUUUCUCCCCUGGUUCUUUUCAAUAUCGAAUUGUGUGUAUGAAUGGAAGUUAUGUGACCUUAAAGAUAUGGAUAUGUCUCUGAAGUUUUUCAUUUUCCCCCCAGAAUUUAAUUACUCUCAUUAUUUUCCAUGAACAGUGAUCAUCACUUUUUUUUUUUUUCUCUUUUUCUUAUUAAUUUUUUGCCUUUGUUAUCUUCAAUGAGCUCACUGCUCUUCUAAGAAACUCUCAACUUGUGUUUCUUCAUCUGCCUCUGUCUUGUUCUGUUCUCUUUUAACUGUACCCAUCCCAUCUCCAGGAUUGUCCCGCCAUUUUCCAUUUUCCUUUUAAACAAUAAGCUUCAAGACUAUUUUAACUUUUCAACUCUCUAUAGGUUACACAGUUGAUUUUUAUGAGGUGUAUUGAAAAUUUGUAUGAAGCCCCUUUAUUGUGUUAUAGAUAUUGUUACAAAUUUGUAUGGAAAUUUUAAACUAUAAACCCCUUUGUUUGAAAUGUAUAGAUAUUGUUAUAAAUUUGCAUGAAAUUUUUCCUAGGAAAGAAAUUUUAUUGUUAGAGACAUUUAGGCAUGAAUUGAGUAUAAUAUAUGCAUACUUUCCCAGUUAAGUGCCCAGCUCUAGAACCUAGAAAUUAAAGAAACAUAUGAGCCAAUAAAUGCAAUGAAAAAAAUACACUUCUCCUUCAUUAGUUUUAGUUUGAUUUUAAUUUAAUACUUCGUCAAUUAUGACCAUAAAGAAUCAUCAGUCACUGAAAAUUUCCCUUGUAUUUUCAUUGAUUAUCUGACAAUACAAUCUAAUGAAUAAUGAGGAGAUUUGUGAUGUUUUGUGAAGCAAUUGAUGAGGUGUAUUGAAAAUUUGUAUGAAGCCCCUUUAUUGUGUUAUAGAUAUUGUUAUAAAUUUGUAUGGAAAUUUUAAACUAUAAACCCCUUUGUUUGAAAUGUAUAGAUAUUGUUAUAAAUUUGCAUGAAAUUUUUCCUAGGAAAGAAAUUUUAUUGUUAGAGACAUUUAGGCAUGAAAUUGAGUAUAGUAUAUUCAUGCUUUCCCAGUUAAGUGCCCAGCUCUGGAACCUAGAAAUUAAAGAAACAUAUGAGCCAAUAAAUGCAAUGAAAAAAAAUACACUUCUCCUUCAUUAGUUUUAGUUUGAUUUUAAUUUAAUACUUCGUCAAUUAUGACCAUAAAGAAUCAUCAGUCACUGAAAAUUUCCCUUGUAUUUUCAUUGAUUAUCUGACAAUACAACCUAAUGAAUAAUGAGGAGAUUUGUGAUGUUUUGUUAAGCAAUUGAUGUCCCAAAAUCAAACGGAUAUUCUGAAAUUAAUAGAAAAUAAAUUAUUUUCAUCCAUCAAGUGUUUUCCCUGCUUUUGUGCCUGUUAUUGGUCAAUUGUGAGGAUUUGAGAAAACAAGAUAAGGAUGAAGUCCGUUAUUGUCCAACGCAACUUAUCAAAUGUAGCCAUAAUUAGUAUCGGAAGACAGAUCAUGUUAUUUAGUGGUUUUGUCGGAGCCUAAUGAUAUAAAAGGCAUGUGCAGAAAGAUUAUUCUGUAUUGCUGGAAUUCGUUGUGACUUCCUUAUUCGUUGACAGGCGUUUCCUGCUUUCAUUUCUUAGGCUUUAUAAAGUUGAAUUCAACCUCGAAUAAAGAUAUCCUUCUGUUUACAUAAGCCUAGGAAUAGGAAAAUCAAUUGAGCAAAAUCUGUUGCUUGGUUUUGAGCUAGCAAAAAUUGGUAUGUAUACAAGUCAUUUGUGUGUUUUUCCAUUUUUCUUUAUUAUUUAUGAUUGCUGUCUAAUUUUCUUUAUUCUUUCCUUUGAUCAAUAAAAAAUGUUAUGAACUGAUUACUGUUGAAUAUCUAUGAGAUGGAGAUUGGUUAAAUUUGAAUGGUUAUAACAUUGGAGGUUGGUUCUCUUCAACCAGUCAGAUCUACUUGGAUGUUUAUAUCUCAUUCAGGUGUUCUGAAAGUUUUAUGAUAUGCUAUGAUAGUAUUUGUACUUGAUGGGAAGACCAAAUCACAGCCUUCCUCAACUCUUCCUUGGAAGAAUGUAUCAUUAAUGACUAUAUUUAUGAGAUGUUAAUAACACUAGGACUCUCUGACUUCACAUUUUAGUUUUGCUUCUUUUAGGGCAUGUUAACUUGAGAUGGUUGGAAGUGACAAUUACCUAGAGCGUAUUGGCAUUGAGGUUGAAAUUGCUUUUUGGGAAAGCGCCCUUUUAGGCGAUGUUACAUAUUGUCAAAUUUAAGUUAAAACCAAAUUUCUUUAAGCAUUUUUGAGAUUGUAAUUUUCUCAACAACAUUCGAAUAGUGAUGUCAAACUGACCCUUAUUGUGUUUUUAUGUUAGGCUUAUGCAUAAAAACUAAAUUCUCCUGAUUGGGUAGCAAAUGUUUAAAAAACCUUUACUAUUUGUUUUAAUCUUGAAAUAUGUGAAAUUAUGUGCCUAUGUUGAAACUAACGGACAAAAAAGACAAUAAGAAACUUUUAUCCGCAGAAGGGAAGAAGCAUAUGAUAUUCUAUAUAACCAUGACUUUCCAUGUGCGUGAGAUAUAGUUCUGUAACUGCACCAAAAAUGAAAUACUUUUUAUCAUGCUCGUUCACCUCGUAUAUAUUAUUUCAAUGCUUAUCUUUUAAUUGUUUAUUUGUUUUAGACAUUGUAGCUAACAAGUGUUUCCCCCAUUGCUGCUGGUGUUCAAAUCUCCAUACUUUAUAUUAGCUCUUCAUAUCUUGUUUGAGAAGUUGAUCGUGUGAUUCUCCAUAGCUCCAAAUUAUCACCUACAAGCAUUAAAACAAAAACUGCAACAAUGAUGUCAAAAUCUUGCAUAAAUUUCUUGGACUUAUCAUCUGGAGACAUGUUGAAUUUCUCCCGAACUCCCAGAUCUCUCCCAAGGGUGAUGACUGUAGAAGGAAUUUUUUCGAACACAGACAGUGAUGGAAGCAAUGAUGGAGAUACAAAUGUUCCAUCAGCUAGAUGCUACAAGAAGAAAAUUAUAGUGGCAAAUUUUCUUCCUCUACAUGCUCAAAAGGAUUUAGAAACAAGCAAGUGGUCAUUCAGUUUCGAUGAGGAUUCACUUUUGUUUCAAAUGAAGGAUGGAUUCUCAGACAAUACAGAGAUUGUUUAUGUGGGAUCUCUGAAGGUUGAUGUAGAUGCUAGUGAACAAGAAGAGGUUUCCCAGAAACUGCUGGAGGAAUAUAACUGUGUACCAACGUUUCUUCCUCCUGAACUUCACAAAAAGUUCUAUCAUGGUUUCUGUAAGCACCAGUUGUGGCCCCUUUUCCAUUAUAUGCUGCCAAUGUGCCCUGAUCACAGCAAUCGCUUUGACAAGUUGCUGUGGCAGGCCUAUGUAUCUGCUAAUAAAAUUUUUGCAGAUAAGGUUAUGGAAGUGAUUAAUCCUGAAGAAGAUCAUGUUUGGGUUCAUGAUUAUCACCUAAUGGUUCUCCCUACUUUCUUGAGGAAGCAUUUCUAUCGAGUUAAGCUUGGCUUCUUCCUUCAUAGCCCAUUCCCCUCCUCAGAAAUUUACCGAACUCUCCCAGUCAGAGAUGAAAUUCUUAAAGCACUGCUGAAUGCAGAUUUAAUUGGUUUUCAUACAUUUGAUUAUGCUCGCCACUUUCUGUCCUGUUGCAGCCGAAUGUUGGGCCUAGACUAUGAAUCAAAACGUGGUCAUAUUGGACUUGAGUAUUUUGGCCGCAUAGUAUACAUCAAAAUUUUACCUGCAGGAAUUCACUUGGGCAGACUAGAAUCUGCUCUUAAUCACCCUUCUUCUUCCAUCAAGGUUAAAGAAAUCCAAACACAGUUUGAGGGGAAAAAGAUUAUUGUUGGAGUUGAUGACAUGGAUAUUUUCAAGGGCAUCAGUUUGAAAUUAUUAGCAAUGGAACAACUUUUGCAGCAGAAUCCCGAGUUACGAGGAAAGGUUGUCAUGGUUCAAAUUCUAAAUCCUGCAAGGAGCUCAGGGAAAGAUGUACAAGAAGCAGAAAGGGAGACAUACUUGACUACCAAAAGGAUAAAUAGUAUUUUUGGUUUCCCAGGCUAUGAUCCUGUGAUCCUGAUUGAUCGCCAUGUGCCCCUUUACGAGAAAACAGCCUACUAUUCAUUGGCUGAAUGUUGUAUUGUAAAUGCAGUGAGGGAUGGAAUGAACCUGAUCCCUUAUGAGUACAUUGUCUGUAGGCAGGGGACUCCUAAAAUGGAUGAAGCUCUGGGAGUUGAUCCUCGAUCAUCUCAUGCAAGCACGAUUGUUGUUUCCGAGUUUAUUGGUUGUUCUCCAUCUUUAAGCGGUGCAAUAAGGGUGAACCCAUGGGAUGUUGAAGCCGUAGCAGAUGCAUUAAAUUUGGCCCUUACCAUGCCUGAUUUAGAGAAGCAGUUGAGGCAUGAGAAGCACUAUCGAUAUAUUAGCUCUCAUGAUGUGGCAUAUUGGGUUCGCAGUUUUGUGCUGGACUUGGAGCGAGCUUGCAAAGAUCAUUAUAGCAAGCGUUGUUGGGGUAUUGGUUUUGGUCUGAAUUUUAGGAUUUUGUCACUUUCACCAAACUUUAGGAAGCUUUCCAGUGAACAUAUUGUCUCUGCAUACAAGAGGACGUAUCGGAGGGUGAUAUUUUUGGAUUAUGAUGGAACAGUGGUGCCUCAAACUUCCAUUGUUAAAACCCCCAGUCCUGAAGUUAUAUCUGUCCUGAGCAACCUUUGUACUGACCCUAAGAACACUGUGUUUAUAGUUAGUGGAAGGGCAAAAGAUACUCUGAGCGAUUGGUUUACUCAAUGUGAGAAUCUGGGUAUAGCAGCUGAGCAUGGAUACUUCAUGAGGUGGAGUAGGAUGUCCAAUUGGGAAACCAGUAACUUGGUGGCAGAUUUUGAUUGGAAAAAAAUUGCAUUGCCUGUUAUGAAAUCAUAUACAGAAGCAACUGAUGGCUCCUAUAUAGAGACCAAGGAGAGUGCCUUAGUGUGGAACCAUCAAUAUGCUGAUCCUGUUUUUGGAUCUUGCCAGGCUAAAGAACUGUUGGAUCAUCUUGAAACUGUCCUUGCAAAUGAGCCAGUAGUUGUGAAGAGGGGUCAGCACAUUGUUGAAGUAAAACCACAGGGCGUGACUAAAGGUCUUGUUGCAGAGAAAGUUCUUUAUGCAAUGGUCACAAGUGGGAAAUCCCCAGACUUUGUGAUGUGCAUUGGGGAUGAUAGAUCUGAUGAAGACAUGUUCGAAAGCAUAUCAAGGAAGGGUUCUAGUUGGUCCUUUAAUUCAGCUCCAGAGAUCUUUGCAUGCACUGUUGGCCAAAAACCCAGCAAAGCUAGGUACUACUUGGAUGAUACUGUCGAUGUACUAGCAUUACUUCAAGGUUUGGCUGCUGCUUCAAGUUCGAAGCCAAGGGGCAGCGAAGAAGUACAAGUUUCUUUCGAUAAUGUCAUUUGACAGGCAAUAGGUUUUUGUCCUUUCGGUGCAUGGAUACAAGAAAAAAAAGGUGCAGUGGCCUCAAUGUGGCUGGGUACAAUUCAGAGGUUUCUCUUGGUCAUCACAUGCUGGGCCCAGAACCAUUGCUGCCUUUUGAGUCAUUACAGAUAGAUUGGUAUUCUUUUGUUCUUUUUCUUUCCUUUGAACUCUAGACUGCAGGAGGAUGGGGCUGGUGUAUACAUGUGUUGGUUCAGAAAGAAGUUUUUGAAGUUAACAGAUGUAGAGAGGUCAUACCAAUGGGACAAAAUUUUCUUGUAUACAUGGAUCGGUUUAUAUUAUAGAUGAAAGAAAAAUUCUUUA